CCUUUCCUCCCGCUUCCAUCCCCGACAAUUACAACCUCCACAUUCCCCGAUUCCGUCUCAAUUCCAACUCCAACAACACUCCUUAUCGUAACCAAACUACACCAACUCUCUCGCAUUACCAAAGCUAUCUGCAGUUCAUCAUCAUGGAUCGCAUUAAGGAGAAAAUGAACCAGCUCCGUCUGGAGGCCGACGACAACGCCGCCAAGGUAGAGGAGCUUCAGGCCAAGGUCAAGUCGCUGGAGCAGGAGAACCUGUCCAAGGAGCAGGAAAUCACCUCCCUGCAGCACAAGAACGGCCUGCUUGAGGGCGAGGUCGAGAAGCUUGAGACUGCAGUUAAGGACUUCAAGAAGGCUGCCGACGAGAGCACCAGUACUGGCACACAAAACGAAACUCUUCAGCGCAGACUCCAGCUCCUCGAGGAGGAAGCCGAGGAGGCGGACAAGACCCUUCGCGAAGCCAACGAGAAGCUCCGACAGACCGACGUCAAGGCCGGCCACUUCGAGCGCAAGGUCCAGGCUCUCGAGGCGGAGCGAGACCAGUGGGAGUCCAAGUACGAGGAGAUGGCCAAGAAGUACACGACGGUCCAGAAGGAACUCGAGGAUUUCCAGAACGAGAUUGGCAACAUCUGAGAAUGUUCUUUUUGGGGGCGACAUUUUGUGCAAGGCUUUUUUCUUCAUGAUAGAUCCCUGGCCUGGAACACUGUGUCGGCGACCAGCUCAAGAAGCUAUCCCAAUAUUGGUGGAUUGCAAACUACGGGACGGUUCGCGACCGAGUUGUAGCAGCCUUGGUUUUACUCCUUUUCUGUAACCCCGUCAACAAAGAGUUUUGUUUUGCCUGAAAUGCGUCUGUCCUUUAUCUGCACAGACGUGAAGGCGACUACACAAAAACGACUCAGACCACGCUGGGCGUGAGGCAACCCCUAUGCAGCAGUUGCAGGGGCAAUCAAUGCAAGACAUUAUACCCUCCCAUC